AUGCACAUUACGUCAAAUAUUCGAAACCUGGAAAAAUUCCUCACGGCGUUCCCGUGGGCGGGAUCGCAGCAACUGACGGAAGCCGACCUCAUUGAAAAUGUCGCUGCUCUGCCAGAUAGUCGGGCUCAUCUCUGGGAUCUGGUCGCUGCCAAAGUGGUUGCUGUUGGAGACACCGUGACAGAGGACCGCGAGGGCCGUGAGCGACCUUUGGUGCUGAACGAGCUGCUGAUUGCCCCCCUUGUUGGCCGCGAGUCCAGCCUGGGCCACAGCUCGGUUCUGCCCAUUGAGGGAAUCGUGGUGGGCUCAACGAUCGACUACGUCAGCACUGGAGGCGGCCUGGGGAUAUCCCCAGACAAUCCUCCGGGCAAGGGCGACCCGUCCAAAGUCCGGCUCCUCGGCUUAUUGUGCUAUGCGGACGGCCAAGUAGCCAAAGCGCAGGACUUUGCCAAAGACUUGCCAUCCGCGGCCACAUUGAAACCGGUCAUUAUCGUGGUGGGAUCCAAGUCCGAUGUCGGCAAGACGACCGUCUGCAUCGACCUCCUGAAGAGUCUUGCUGCUGCAGGGCGGCAGGUUGGCGUUGCGAAAGCCUCAGGCACUGCGCAGCGUAUGGAGAUUGAAGAGCUGGCAGUGCAUGCGAACGAAGGUCUCGAUACGGCGGAUGCCGGGAUGCCAACCACCUACCCUCCCUCCCAGGAGUCGGACAAGUGGGCUGAAUCCACGCACCAAAAAUCCCUUCUGGCGGUUGAAUCGAACCUUCGGGCCCUGUCCGUUGCUAACGAGGUCAUCCUGGUGGAGUUCGGAGGCGAUUUGCUGUCUGCAAGUGUGCCUGAGAUCCUGGAGGACCCGGGCCGCCUGAACAUCGUCGCAGUGAUCAUGGUGGCAGAGUCGGCGACCGCGGCUAUCGGAAUGGAAACAAAACUGCUCAGGAUCUCUCUGAGAUAUGCAAGCAUACCCUACUACGUCGCGGGGCCAACGGCAACUCUCAGGGCGAACAGGAAUCGCGUGGAGCGUGAAACGCGAUGUGCAGGAUGCUACGACCUCUGGAGCAAGAAUAACUCUCGUGCAUCCCAGAGUCAACGAGAUGCGAGCACUGCCUCUUCGCAGGAAUUAACACGGAAGCUGCUGGAGCAUUGUGGCCUGGGACUUGUUUAG